GGCUGCCCAGGCUCUUCCUGCCCAGGGCCUGAGUGGCCGGAGCAGGAGAGGGCGGAGCAGCUGGCCCGGGGUGCAGCACUCAAGUGGGCCUCGGGCAUCUUCUACCGGCCAGAGCAGCUGGCCAGGCUCGGCCAGUACCGUAGCCGCGAGGUGCAGCGUACCUGUUCCCUGGAAGCACGCAUCAAGUCGGUGGUGCAGUCAUACCUGGAGGGUGUGAAGACCGGUGUGCGGCAGCUGGCCUGGGCCCUUGAGGCGGUGCAGGGAGCCCGCGAAGCCCUGGGCCAGGCUCAUGGGUUGCUCUGGGGUAUGGCUGAGGCUGCACAGACCCUAGAACCCCUGCGGGAGCAGGUUGUGCAACACAAGCAACUGCAGGCCAUGUCUCAGCUGCUGCCCCGGCUGCGAGCUGUGCCUGCUGCAUUGGCCCACACACAGACCCUGAUUGAUGCCCAGCGACUCUUGGAGGCAUAUGUGAGCCUUCGGGAACUGGAGCAGCUACAAGAGGAGACGUGGGCACCUCUCGGGGGCCUGGAGUUGCCAGUGUUCGAGGGGCUGGGCCCUCUGGCUGAGGCUCUGGGCCAGGCUGUGGAGGCGGCUGCAGGGGCUGCAGGGCGGCUGGCACGGGAGGAUCCAGCCCUGCUGGUGGCUGCUAUGCGUGUGGCCGAAGUGGACGCUGGGCGCACAACCUCCCUGGAGCAGGCUGCCCGGGACUGGCGGCAGCGCUGUCUGCGGGCACUACAGGAGGGCUUGGAGCAGAUCCACUUUGGGACACCUCUGCAGCCUGGGCCAGGGGCACUAGCAGAGUGGCUGGAGGCUCUGCGGGUGGCUCUACCAGCAGAGUUGGCCGCGGCUGAGGCACUGGUAGCACCCUGCUGCCCACCACACUACAACGUGGUCCGGCUGUGGGCCCACACCCUGCACAGCGGCCUGCGCCGCUGCCUGCAGCAACUCCUGGAAGGGCCUCAGCUGGAAGCUGCCGAUGCCUUCACCUUGCUGCAUUGGGCACUGCAUGUGUACCUGGGGCCAGAAAUGAUGGGGAGCCUGGAAUUAGGGCCCGAGGCUGAUGUGUCUGAUCUGGAGCCCCUCCUGACCCUGGAGAACAUCGAGCAGUUGGAGGCAAUAUUUGUGGCCAAAGUCCAGGCAAGUGUGGCCCAGUGGCUGCAGAAGGCACUGGACGGGGAUGUAGCUGAGUGGGGCCGAGAGCAGGAGCCUGACACAGACCCAUCUGGCUUCUACCACUCACCAAUGCCAGCCAUCGUGCUGCAGAUCCUGGAAGAGAACAUUCGCGUGACCAGAAUGGUCAGUGAGUCACUGCAGCGGCGGGUGCAUGGCAUGGCACUGUCAGAACUGAGCGCAUUCCUAAGGAGCUUCAGUGAUGCUCUGAUCCGAUUCUCCCGAGACCACCUCAGGGGGGAAGCAACGGCCCCUCAUUACGUGCCCUACCUACUGGCCACCCUCAACCACCAAUCAGCACUCAGCUCCUCCGUGUCCGUCCUGCAGCCCGACUGGGUGGCUCCAGGGGCCUUGGCUCCGGUGGAGGCAGCGCUGGACGAGUUGCAGAGGAGGAUCUGCCGCCUGGUGUUGGAGGCGCUGCUGGCGGAGCUACAGCCCCUAUUCGCUGCUCUGCCCUCUCGCCGGUGGCUGUCGAGCCCAGAGCUGCUGGAUGACGUGUGCGAGCGGACCGCGAGCUUCUGCCAGGACUUCCGACACGUGCGGGAUCCUGCGGUCCAGCUGCUGCUGGCUGAGGCGGAGCGUACCGUGGUGCUGCAGUACCUACGUGCGCUGAUGCAAGGCCGCCUAGUGUGCCGCGGUGCUGACGAGCGGACCCAGGCGGCCGAGCGCCUGCGGCACGAUGCCGCCCAGCUUCGGGAGCUUUUCCUCGGUUUGGGCCUGGAGGAGAGCGUUCAGUGCGCGCCAGUGCUGCUCGCCUUGAGGGAGCUGCUGAACCUCCGCGACCCCACGCUGCUUGGUCUCGAGGUGGCAGGCUUGCGGCAACAAUUUCCCGACGUGAGCGAGGAUCAUGUCUCCGCCCUCUUGGACCUGCGCGGGGACGUGUCCCGAGAGCAGCGCCUGGCCGCACUCAGCUCUCUGCAGGCCUGCCCGCAGCCCUCGCCCCCAGCGGGUGGACGCGCACUCUUCAGCCUCGUGCCAGCACCUGCACCCCCGCUGUCCUCCUGCCUCCCCUCGGGGUCCUGUGCCUGACCCUCGGCUGCCCCCAGAAUAAAGCCACGGCCCCCGC